GCCGUGAAAGGUUAAUCAAUUCAUAUCGUAUUUACCCGGACACGUACCCAGAGUCACGCACAUAUGCCGAUUAAUGUAAAAACAUGAACAUAUGACAGAAAAUAAUAAAGUUUUAACGCGAAUUAAACUCUCAAAGCUCUAUUCGAGAAAAUGGUUCGCGUAACAAAUAGUACCUCGCGUUGUAAAAGUGUGUGGUUAUCAAAGAUUUUAUUUACAUUAUUGCUAACAUGCUUGGUGUUUUCGGUACCAAGCAAGGGACAUGGACAUUCUCACGAUCAUGAUCACGAUCAUGAUCAUGAUCAUAUUCAUGAACCGGCAAGUUUCAAGUAUUCAAAAGAAGCCAACGAACAGCUUCUGCAUGAUCAUUCGCACUCGGAACAUGAUGAGUAUGUGGACAGCAAACGACCAGCUCUUCAAGAUCUUAGCGAUGUCUUCGUUCGUGCUAUGGGAUCAACUUUCCUCAUUUCUAUAGCACCGUUUCUUCUGCUCUUCGUUUUGCCAUUAGAUAAUAGUCCAGAGCGACAACCAUUCCUGAAAAUACUUUUAAGUUUUGCCUCUGGUGGUUUGCUUGGCGAUGCUUUUCUUCACUUGAUUCCACAUGCUUUAGCUCCUCACUCACAUCACUCGAAAGAAGAUUCACACGGACAUGGUCACAGUCACGGACAUGGCCAUAGUCACGGAGAUAUUCACGAAGAACAUGAUCACGGACACGGCAUGGCCGUAGGUUUGUGCGUAUUGCUAGGUAUCGUCACGUUCCUGAUUGUGGAGAAAUUAGUGCGAAUAAUCAAAGGAGACGGCGAACACUCUCAUGCACAUUCUCAAGAACACACGGAUAUAAGCAUUGCUGCUUACUUAAACUUGGCAGCAGAUUUUUUACAUAAUUUCACAGAUGGUUUGGCUAUUGGUGCCAGUUAUCUGGCGGGCGAAAGUAUCGGCUAUGUGACGACGUUCACAAUACUGUUGCACGAAGUGCCCCACGAAAUUGGUGAUUUUGCUAUUUUGAUACAAAGUGGCUGCAGUAAGAAAAAGGCCAUAUUGUUGCAAUUGCCGACAGCAGUUGGUGCUUUAUUAGGAACCUACAUUUCUCUCUUGGCUGAAGGAAUGGGAGAUUUUGCAACAUCGUGGAUCUUGCCCUUCACUGCUGGUGGUUUUAUUUAUAUAGCGACGGUUUCUGUUAUUCCUGAGCUUCUUGUAGACACCAAGUUUUGGCAGUCUGUUAAAGAAAUCAUUGCUUUACUGCUAGGAGUUUAUAUGAUGGUACUCAUUGCACAAUACGAAUGAUCGCUGCGUAACACAAUUUAUAUUUUUCUAUUAUACUGUGUUUCGUGUGAAUCAAGGGUUGAUCAGUACAAUAUGCAGCAAUUUUUUCAAAGAUAUUUCAGAAAACUUGAUUCUGGCCAAGUGUACAUUUUGAUCAUUUUAUAUUUUCGACAUCAACAGUGAACUGAAACCGUGAAUGCGAUUUAAUACUUAGAAAACGCAUAUUUUCUGACCCAAUGCAAGGUUGUUUCAAAUCGCCCAGAAAAAAAUAGUAUUGAUACUUAUUAUAAUAAUGUACAUAAUAAUAUAACUUUUCCAGGGCUUUAUUGUCGCAAAGCGGGUUUCUCAGACUUUCUUAUAGGAGAGGUCGCGAGAUUUGCGUCGCUGAAAGUAUUUGUCAUGGAGAAUCUGAAAAUGAGCACUUUUCUGUUGCUAGAAGUAAGUACACACACACGUGCAAAAUCACACUCCCGUAUAGUUAAAAACUUCCCGAGCGUGGCGUGCCAACCAAAGUUAAAAAAAUAUGGCCGCCGGUGUAUCUGCAAACUGUAUUUUCUUAUCUUAGGACUUUAAAAUGUCGUCGUUGUCCUUUAUUUUCUUUCCCCACUUGGUGAGGACUGCACUUGCAGUUUGAACAUUGCCGACGCGUCGUUCUCGAAUCCUUAUAAUUCUGUAUAAAAUCAUACGGUAAAUAAUUUAAAUGUUAAUUUAACAAAUAUUUUCUUCAUAUUUACUCAAGGUUAUUUUUACAUCGCGAACGCGUCGAAUA